AUGGAAGAUAAUGCAGGUAGUCCAGUUAAAGCGAAGCGUAAAUGUUAUAGCAGACCACAUACAAAGGAAGAACGAAAACAGGAAAAGAAGCGACACAGAGAUCGAAAAAAGUUUUUAAAAGCGAAGCGUCAAGAUGUUGGCAAAACUGUAGGAAAUCCUGUUGAACAUUCAACUAAACUUCAACCAGGAGUUGCAGCUCUACAGGUCGCCGAUCAAGGUAUCCAGGCUGAGAACCGUUUGGAGAAGAAAGGAAUUCUUGAUAAACCAUCCAAGAUUACUAACAUUGAACGCAAACAUAUUUCACCACUAGAAAAAAGUCAAAUAAUUGGAAGUGGGACAUAUGGCAUUUGCUAUAAAGGCUAUUACCGUGGUAAUAUUCCUGUGGUUAUUAAGRCUUUUCGAGACUCGAUCUCAAAAUCAGAAGUAUUACACGCCACAGAAGAUAAUAAUACCCACACAUUGAGCCAAGCCAUGAAAGAUCRGCUUUUAGGAAGAAGUGAAAUGAUGGAUGUUAUUAUACAAAUUGCUACAACAYUUGGCUACAUUCAUUCUAGAGGCUGGUUGCACAAUGAUUUAAAGGAAAACAAUAUUGUUCUCCACGUGAUUUCCGGACGUUGGAAUCCAGUCAUUAUAGACUUUGGGAAAAGCGUUUUAAUAAAGAAAUCCCAAGUUAAAAGAAAAACCAACCCAGAGCCCUCAAAAUAUCCAUGGAUAGCUCCAGAGGUACUGGAGGGCCUGUCUGCCCCAUCUGUUUCAAGUGAUAUCUUUUCUUUGGGACUGAUGACCAAACACAUCUUUAAAGCUAUGAAAGUACAAGCUUUAGAGUCCCUCUACUCGUCCUGUCUUUYAGUUGUUGCAGAUGAACGUCCAAAGAAUGCGCAAAUAGUUGCUGUCUCGCUAUUGAGGUUCAAGAAAUCUAGUAUUGCAAAAUGA